UAACGAGGAUGCAAUGUCUUCGCUUAGACAUAUGCCAUACAGCCUUUGUACGUACUAGUCGAUGAAUUGAUAGUAGAUUAUUAAAAAAAAGAAACAGGAAACAAAAUCCCUGUAAUGAGCUGGACGAGUAUUCAUGUAUCGAAUAUCUUAUCCGCAACAUGCAUAUGGUGGGUAAGGACAUAGAUAUGUCUAGAAAGUCCCACCUACCGUACCCGCCUAUGUAAGUACGUACCUACAUAAUAGUUCGUACUCGAACCAAUUGAUGUCAUUCCUCUUCUUAAUAUCAACAUAAUAUCAACACUGCGUCGACGUUGAAACAAAUUCUAAAGGUAGACAUAUCCACUACCUACCUGAAUACAUAUAUCGUCGGUCGAGUCCACAAUCCUCGUCGGUAAUUUGACUCCUCUACCCUUGCAUUAGGGCUGCCUUAACCAUGGGAUCUAUCGUUCUACCACAUCUGAACACCGGCUGGCAUGUCGACCAAGCCAUUCUAUCGGAAACGGAGCGUGUUGUCGCCAUUCGGUUCGGUCGUGACCAUGAUCCCGAGUGCAUGCGACAAGAUGAAGUUCUAUACCGCAUCGCCGACAAAGUAAAAAACUUCUGCGUCAUCUAUGUCUGCGACAUCGAUCAGGUUCCCGACUUCAACCAGAUGUACGAGUUGUAUGAUCCUUGCACCAUCAUGUUUUUCUACCGGAACAAGCACAUGCUAUGCGAUUUAGGCACGGGAAACAAUAACAAGCUCAACUUCGUGCUUGAGGACAAGCAGGAGCUAAUCGACAUCAUCGAGACGGUUUAUAAGGGUGCCAAGAAGGGUCGCGGUCUGGUCGUUAGCCCAAAGGACUACUCUACCCGUUAUCGAUACUAGCCACACCACCUAGCACGAUCGUACAUACAUCCCUUUCUCGGUACGCAGUUUUCUUGUGCCUUUCUUCCUGGAAAUAACUACCCUUUGAUCUUAAGUGAGGGUAUCAGAGCAUCAGGGUAUCUAAGAGCUACUGUGAAACGCCGAUGGUAUAUGUUAGGAUGGUGGGGAAGCUUGAGGCCAUAGCAGAAAGUCAGUGACGCUUCGCCGGGCACGAAGGCUGGUCAACUCGCUUCUAAACGCCAAUGUAAGUUAAUACAAGACAUCACCAUACUAACACAAACAAAGUGAGUUCACUAAGCCUCUUUAAACAGCAAAAUACAAUUGCUUAUUGUAUUGUUCCGUAAGGUUAUGGAAAUGAAUGGGCAAAGGUAAAUAAUACGUAGUAUCGACAAUGUAUAUAAUAAUUAAAUAAAGCUUAUAUAUUUAUAUAAAUAUUAUAUUAAACGUAUUUAAGAAUAUAAAUGUUUUUAUUAAUUAAAUA